CUCUUCCCUUUCCACCUCGGCAUUUGCCCCAAGUAGGACCGUCGAGAGCACCAACAAGGGCGGCCCCAAUGGAGAAAAGUAAAGGAAAACAUCGGUUUGGUUGCUUUGGCUACCCACUUAGCAUCUUUUUUAUAGUCAUCAAUGAAUUCUGUGAAAGAUUCUCCUACUAUGGAAUGCGAGCUGUGCUUGUCAUCUAUUUCAAGUUUUUUCUCAGCUGGGAUGAUAAUCUCUCUACAGCCAUUUACCAUACAUUCGUUGCUCUCUGCUAUCUAACACCUAUCCUUGGAGCACUCAUAGCUGACUCCUGGCUGGGGAAGUUCAAAACCAUUAUUUCCUUGUCCAUUGUGUACACAGUUGGGCAAGCUGUCUUGUCGAUAAGUUCCAUAAAUGACUUGAUGGAUGGUAAUCGAGAUGGUGUUCCAGAUGACACUAAAGUUCCCGUAGCUUUGUCUAUGAUUGGUUUGGCCCUUAUUGCUCUGGGAACUGGUGGGAUCAAACCAUGUGUAUCAGCAUUUGGUGGAGAUCAGUUUGAGGAAGACCAGGAAAAACAAAGAAGCAGGUUCUUCUCUAUAUUUUACCUUUCCAUUAAUGCUGGAAGCCUUCUUUCUACUAUCAUCACCCCAAUACUUAGAGGAGUGGAAUGUGGAAUUCACCACAAACAAAAAUGUUAUCCUCUGGCAUUUGGUGUUCCUGCUGCACUAAUGGCUGUUGCACUGUUUGUGUUCAUAGCUGGAAGUACAAUGUACAAGAAAGUUAAACCUCAAGGCAACAUCAUGGUCCAAGUCACUAAAUGCAUUACAUUUGCUAUUCAAAAUAGAUUUAAACAUCGCAGCAAAGUAUUUCCCAAGAGAGAGCACUGGUUGGACUGGGCUACCGAGAAGUAUGAUAAACGGCUUAUUACAGAGGUUAAGAUGGUCUUGAAGGUUUUGUUCCUGUACAUUCCUCUUCCCAUGUUUUGGGCCCUUUUUGAUCAGCAGGGAUCUCGAUGGACAUUGCAGGCCACAACAAUGGAUGGAAAUUUUGGUGGUAUUUCGAUUCAGCCAGACCAGAUGCAGACUGUAAACCCAAUUCUCAUUGUUAUCAUGGUCCCAAUUGUAGAUGCUGUGGUUUACCCUCUAAUUAAGAAAUGUCACAUAAAUUUCACGCCUCUAAGAAAGAUGACGGUUGGCAUGUUACUUGCAGCCUUGGCUUUUGUUGUUGCUGCACUGGUACAAGUGCAAAUUGAUAAAACUCUUCCAGUCUUUCCUUCAGAAGGCCAGUUUCAAGUCCAAAUAGUAAACCUGGGAAAUGAUACUGCAAAAAUUGCUACUGCUGGGCAAGAUAUUACCUUGAGUCCGUUUAAUGCGACAGAAUAUAUCACGUAUGACGUAAAAGAGUUAAAUGUUACUGUAUCAUAUGUAAGUGGAACUCUAACAGAAACAAUAAUUAAUUCGGGACAACAACGUCACACUCUUGCAAUAAAAAAUACACCAAGUACUACAGCAAUACCGUCUGUAGAUGGCAUUACAGAAAAACCAGAACAAGGAAAUAAUAUGAUCAGAUUCAUAAACAGUUUGGAUUCAGUUGUUAAUAUCACUAUGGGUGAUGUGGCCUUUGGAGAGGUGAUGAAUUUCUCAAACUACAUUGCUUUUCAAAGUGGGUCAGUCAAUAUUACUGCUCAAAUUGAUAAUGCGGUGUGUGAAGUUUCAUCCAUAGCAUUUGGUUAUGGCAGUGCUUAUAGUAUUAUUAUAAAAGGGUGUACUGGUGAUAAACUAGACAUCAAAUACAUUGAAGAUAUUCAAGCCAGUACAGUCAGUAUGGCAUGGCAAAUCCCCCAGUAUUUCAUUAUUACUUGUGCUGAAGUUGUCUUCUCAGUGACUGGACUUGAAUUUUCAUACUCACAGGCACCUACCAACAUGAAAUCUGUGCUGCAAGCUGGCUGGCUAUUGACGGUGGCCUUUGGCAAUAUCAUUGUUCUUAUUAUAGCUGGUGCUUCAAAACUCAGUGAACAGUGGGCAGAAUAUGUUCUCUUUGCAGCUUUGUUGUUUGCAGUUACUAUAAUUUUUGCUAUUAUGGCCUAUUUUUACACCUAUGUGGAUCCAGCUGAGGUUGAAGCUCAGUUUGCAGAAGAAGAACAGAAGAAGAAAGAAAAAGACCAACUGGAAAAGGAACAACAGGAAAAGAAACAAUUAGAAAAUAUUUAUGAAAAUGAAGUUGGAACUGAGCUACAGACUAAUAUGUGAAAAUAUGUUUCAAAUCAGAGUGAGAAUGUAAAUUAAUGCGCAGAACACUGCACCUGUAGUUUGAGAUUCAUAAGGGAUACUUUGUCGCUGGACAAGCUGUCUUACUGAACAGGAAUGAGUAACGAGCACCAUAAAAUGAAUACCGAUGCCUGUGGCUGAAGAUUAAGAAAUCAGUUCUCCUAUGAAGAACUGAGGUUUUCAUUUUCUUAGUCGACAGAAGGCUGCACUUGGAUAAAAUCUGAAUCUAAUUGCGCUUGGCCAUUGUGAAAAGACAUUCAAAGUAUUAUUUUUAUAUGUAACUACUUUAAUUUUAUAUGGAGAAGGCAAACACUCAUAGCAAUAGACAUUUAUGUCUCCUGCUAUACAUAGGCCCAAAGAUUUGCAAAUGUUUUGAUGCUGCAAUACAAAUAAUGAUCAUAUAUAUAUAUACACUUUUUCCUGGAGACUGAUCUGAGCCAGUUAAAUGUUUACGAUCAGGUAUUGCACUAAACACUUCUUCAUUUUCUGUCA